AUGAGCUCGUCCUCGUCUCGUCAAGCAUCCAUCCAAUACUCUCAGCAGAAUACUAGCGACCUUCUUCGCAAGCUUCAAGAAACCACUAUCGCCGCUCUAAGAACAUCAAGCAGCGCCAUGGACUCGAACACCUCCUACAGCAGCAGUUCCAAGGGCACCUCGCCUGAUCAGAAGGGAAAGGGCUACGAUUCCACAGUCCUGUUCGACGGUCUUCUCCCUCGGAUAGAGACGCGAGGUCAAUGCAAAGGCCCAUACGACAAGAGCAGCAGCAAGAAGAAGGAGGGCAAGAGUUCACAUCGCUAG